CCCAUCAACAAUUUCAAUAAAUUGGACGAUCGUGAGAUGGAAUUAAUUUACAACUUGCUACCAGUUACACCUCCAGUUGAGGUAAAAAGAAAAAGGUAUCAAUCCACAUUCAGCCCAAUGGUUAGGAAUGAGGUGCUUGAAAGUAAAGUUGGUAAAUGUCGAACAAUGGGACCAGCAGCACAUAAACGACCAAAUCCAAAAAAUUUUCUGCGAUCCCACACACUCCAUAACCUCCGAAAAACUACCAGCUCGGAUAAACAGACAACCAUAUGCUCGGGUAGAAAGCCACCGCUACCCAACUUAGCACUGGAACCGGCUGAAAAUAAAGCCGUUAAGGUUGACUUUGUUGCGCGAAAUCGGAUCUGUGCGCAGCUGGAGGACGCCGUUGAGCCCACACCCAUCAUCGUCGAUUCAAAAAACGGUGACAAGUUUCCUCUGCAGGGUUCCGGCCUAACAAAAGAGUUUAUUUAUAAGAAGAAUUUCGGUCGAACCCCGGAUUAUUUAGAGAAACGGAAAACGGACAAACGCCUAACCGAAGAGCUAUACUCGCGGUACCGCGAAGAAGUGGAACGACAACAAGAAAUUCCGCGACUGUCGAUGGAGGAACGUGAGAAACUGCUUGACUCGCUGAAAAAACGACACUCCCAGGUCUACGGCGACUACCUACGUCUUUCCGUGGUUAUCGAUACACUGCACAAGAAACAGAGGAAAGAACGCCUCGAAAGGGAGUUGGAUGAGUUGGAAAGGGACAUUAGGACCAUAACUGAGCACAAAAUAAUCUUAUUGGUGGAUUGA